AUGCGCGAGGUAAACUUUAGCAUCCCGAAUGCCAACAAGGCGUCGGUGGGCAUCACCACGGCCCUCUACGACCGCCGCGCCCUCGACUGCACAUCGACCCUGCCGCUCAUCAACUCGCUCAACCACCUCGCCUACCUCACCACGUCGUCUGCGCGGAUACGAGACAUUCUCACCGUCGAUGGCGGUAUCGAGCGUUUGAUAUGCAUCCUCAAAGAGGGCCGGAGCAAGGACAUGAUGGACAUGUGGAAAUGGAAUCUCGCCUUCCAGUGCAUCUUCAACAUCGGCGUGCGAGGGUCUGAGAAUGUCAGGACACGCGUGGUCGAGGCCGACAUGGUGCCCGUCAUCGCCUCCAUCCUCGACAACUACAUCAAAGUCGUCGACAAGAUGCGGGCGAGAGCUGAAGCUGAGAUUCACAAGUCCUCACGCAUGGUCACGUCGAGCAGACACCACCACUCGUCGCGAACAGGUGAGAUUGCAUCCAGCUCUGGACACCGGACAGAUCGGUCACGCCGUGCUAUCCCGCCUCCUAUCGAAAUCCCUCAGCCCAUGGACGCACAGCUGGGUGACACGACCCCCAUCCCUUCCUUCUCUCUCAGCUCGCCCCCUGAACGAACAACGUUUGCUCGCGGCCGACCUGCUCAUCACCACCACCGGAGUCACGAAGGCCGGGCCCAGCUGUUUGGAACGGUUGGCAACAACACACGCAAUCUGGGCCAGCCAUUAGUCACUGCAUUGCCGUCCAUGGACGCAGCACCUGACGCCUUUGCACUACGGCCUGUACGAGACGCGGAUCGACUGCCUUCCAUGCUCCCCGCGCUGCAGGGGGAAAUCACUUCCCAGCCAGUAUCGCCUACCACGCCUAGCGCCCCACCCGCGCACCAGACGAGCCCAAGAGCGGGGCUGGGCCGCACCCGCCGCCGACCUUCGAUCCGACACCAGCUGUCUCAGUCUGGCGAGUCUGACCUUGAAGCACCUCAGGAUGACAUGACUGCAGAGGCUGCCACAGCGGCAGGUCCCGCUGUGAACGAGCCGAUUGUAGGCAUCCAGAACAAUGAGAUCAACAUGGCGGACAUUGUCGACAACGCUGAGAUGCUAGAUGGAGGUAACACACCGGUACCCAUCGCAGCACCCUCAGAAGGCACCGACGAGAACAAUGAGACAUUCAACAUCACCCACCGUCCGGCCUUGGACGGUAGUCUGAUCAACCCCACAAACACGCCGCCCAACAACCCCAUUACCGGCUUCUCUCCCCUGCCGCCCACUAUCAACGUUGUAAAUGCCAACCCCCCACCAGCGUGGUACCCGCGCUACGCACAAGAACGGAACGCAUCGGCUGGCGUACUCGCUGCCAUGCCCCGCGAUGAAGACGUUCUCAUGUCCCUACAACUGUUGGCCUACGUCUCAAAGUACUGCAACCUCCGAACCUACUUCCAAAAGUCGCAUCUGGUGCCCAAGCUCAAGAUUGGCACUGACCUACUUGAGGGCGAAGCUUCUACUCCCAAGGCAACUGAGGGCGAAGAGGAGGAAGAGCUGGAGGAAUACGAACUUCCCGACGAUUUCAACAUCUUCCCCCUUGUGGAGCAAUUCACAGUACGACACCACACAUCAGACAUGCAAUACUGGGCAAGCGUUGUUAUGCGCAAUCUCUGCCGGAAAGACGACUCCCGUGGCGGGAUCCGACAGUGCGCAUACUACCAGUGCGGACGGUGGGAAGACAAAGAAUGCCAGAAGAGCGCGUGGGUGUUCCACCGCCACUGGUGUGUAGCGGCGUCGUAG